AAUCUGGGAUACGUACAAGGACGACUUUGCGAAAGCACGAAAACGAGAACUGAACAUUAUCGAAUGAAACUCCGCUGCUCAAUAAUCUAUGCUCAAAUUUUGUGGAUGUACAUUUAUGGAUUUCUAACGUUUAUCGCGGAGCUGUAUCAUCACGUGUAACUGUUUAUAGAUUCGUUCCCCCCAGUCUCAGUAAUGCCACCGGGAACGUGUAAUGCUAAAGGACACUCUUACCUUAGACUGUUUUAUCGUCCUAGAAUACAUGCCCUUCAAAAGCCACGACUGUCGACGCUGCUUUUUGAACUUGUCUUUGCGACCCUGGCUUUACGAACACGCUCUGAUGUGUAUUUUAAUGGUAGUAUACGGGCAUCGCACCGCAUCUGGUGGCCCAUCUGGUCACUCUGUGCAUAUAGACUCUGGAAAGAGUCGGUGGAAAAGUGAGAAGCCAAUGGCAGAGCGGGCGUUCCGUAGUGCUCCGCCAGACCCAUCCGAUUCAUGGCCCAGACUGCACCGGGAUAAUGCAGAAAGAAAUACCAGGCGCUCGCUUGUGAACCGAUGGUCCGUAUGGCUUCGCGUUUUCUGCGCCUCUCUUUACGUACCACUUAUUGACUACGCUCCCUCGUCGUUCGCUGUCCAACGGGAUCAGAAUUCCGGGAACAACCGGUUCCAUCGUGAAUCUCCGAGAGGAGAUCUUUUACCACGGCCAUCAUCUUCCAUGCAGACAGACACACGACACACGCGUACCUGCAUACUUUAAUGCUAAUCGUUGACGCUUUCCAGAACACGCCAGGCAGGCCGGGCCGACGUUGUCCUAUGACGAGGGGGGUAUAUAGGGAAUGAAAUGCCAAGAGGACCC